AUGGCGGAGCAGGCGGCGAAUGCGACGCUCAUGCGACGUCGCCAGCGGCGCCCAGAUCUUCAUAACACGUUCGAUCUACCGAAGGAUGUACAGCUGUCACUUUCUCAGGUGGUGCGAGCCCUCCUCGCCACGGCGCCAUUCUCAUCGUUGGCGACCAAGGUAGUGCGCGCGACGGAUGCCGCACUUCAGGAGCUCCUUCAGCUCAUCCUUACCCCAGAGCAGCAGCUGCACGCCAUCUCGAAAAUAACGGGUGCCAUACGCGAGAUCCCCAAGUCUCAGUUGGCGGCCACUCUCACUGAGUCGACUGGUGAGCUCUACUCGUGGGGCCGAACCCUAGCAUUGGAGGUAGUGGUGCCGCUGCUCCUCGACUGCCGCGUGCGCUAUCUUCAUCGAGCGCUCAUGACUCUGCUGCGAACACUUCUGUCUUCACCCGACGCCGCUACGGAGGCGAUUUUGCGUGAAAUGUACAUCGGCCGCCUACUGCAGUGUGCCAAAUCUUCGGCGCCAGAGGCCGCUACCGUCAUGAAACCUGUUGGGGGCUUCGGUGUCUACAAUGACACCUGUGAGGCUGCUGCCGCGGUGUACUUCCCGUGCAACUCGGAGGAUCGAGACACCGUUAUCACCGCCGCGCGAAGCGUGGGAGACUACAACGCUGAACUCGAGCGGGUGCUUGACUUCUUGAACACCGUGGAUGGGCUUACGAGUACAUUGAUGCCCAUGAUGCCUGGGAUCUUCAAGGACACGUUUCUUCAGGCGCUGCCGCUGCUCGCAGACAGCUUACAGUGGGUCGUCGCUAACGCGACUCGCCACAGUCGUCUCCCGGUGAGUACUUCCAGAGAUGCACGCUACGGCACAGGCAUGCCGCUACGGCUGGCCAAUGAGGAUGCGGAGGCCAUUUAUGGUGUGGCGACGGAUGUGUUACCGGUAACGCAUAGUGUCGACGUAGGUGGCGUGUUUAGCGAAGAUCUUGAGCAUAUUCGCUUCUGUGUCCGCGUCGUCGCUGCGUACAUUCACAAGUACAUGGGCUCGCUGACGCUUUCGAUUACAUCUGACGCUACCGGUGACACUGUGCGCCACGAGCUGACGCGUCUCUUGCAGCCCACCAUCGUCAUGCUUUACUCGUCCAUCUUCCCAAAGGAUGUACUGAACGCGGUAGGUCUGCUGGUAGCAUCACUUUUGACAGUGCGCACGUGCGACGCGUGGCUGUUGGCCUUUGUCUGCGCCGCGCUACGCGACGAAAUCGCUCGGUGCGCAGGCGGCGCGGACGCGUCCUUUAACAGUGUCCCCAACCUGCAGCAGAGCAAGAUGCCUACUGCGUUGUCGCUUGCGCACCUUUUCGCGCAGGCAGACGUGGCUUUGCGCGUCGUGUCAUCAGCGAAUCCGCGAGAGGUAGCUCAGGCAGAUGGUGGCGCUGGGGUCACUGCGCUGCAUGACGUCUUCUCCCAUUUUACACCGAAUGGCUGCUUUGCGCUGCUCAAGGGCAUUCUGGCUCACACUUCGGCGCCGAUUCGAGGGGACUGGGCGUCGCUCGGCCUCCUACUGACGCCUCUGCCGUGGACCUUGCCGUCGGUGACUGCGGGUGCAAAAGAGCCGAAUGGUAUCGCCAGUGGUACCGUUGUAGCCUACGACAUCAUUUUACAGGCUGCGCAGCAGUACUGCAAUCUUGUGCAAGAGCCAGAGACACGAUUCAUGGCGAUUCAGACAGUGGACAGCGUCGUGCGUCAUGUGAGCUCCGUUCUGACAAGCGCCGUCAAGGCGCUCGCGCAGCCAGUAGAGAACGGAAGUGCCGCAGCUCUCCAGAAACCGACUUUAUCCCAGCCUUCGUCAGCGUCUGCCACACCGGGGGUAGACCAGGCAACGGCUCUUCGUCGCCACCUCGCUUCUCUGUGCUCUUCAUCGCCAAAGUUGCAGGACGCGCUCUCCUAUGCGACUCAGCUCAUCAUGGCGCUGUGGGAUGACGGCACACAGCAGAUGUCCGGCGCCCUCUACGGCACGUAUGGUGAGGUCUUGACGAUUCAUGCGCUGCUUCGCAGUAGUUCCUCUCAUGUACCUGACAAGCGACUCGACCCUUGCGUCGACACCUCCAUGGCGCUUGAUCAGAUCCUCCACGCCCAGGCAGAGCGCCGAGGCAAGUACCAUGCACUUCUUGGCUCGCUUUCCAUGAUGUCGCUGGGCGACUUCGUCACGGUGCUGCAGCAGCACUAUGGUUUUCCUACCUCCGCGGCAGACGCCAUCUCCACCUUCUCCCGCACACUGUUGGCUGGGGCGAGCAAUCACAAGAUCGGCAACGUAGCCGGCGACGUCUUUGCCCAUUUAGCUCAGGGAAUUGCCAAGGCACCUCCAAGUUCUGCGAUCGUGGGCUGCAGCUGCAACAGCGAAACAGCUGCGCAUGUAAUGCGGCGUGGAAUCAUCGAGCCUCUAGCACGCGCCAUCACGGAGAAAGGCUACGUCAGUGUUUCGUCCAACGUCAGUGAGGCGGUGAACAUCUCGCACAUAACCGCCCACUUUCUGGCGCCCUUGGUGAAGCAAGACCCAACGUGCCUGCAUACCAUACUCACCGCCGUCACCGCAUGCCUCGACAGUGCAUCUGACGGGAAGUCCUCGUCGUCUUGCACUGUGGGAGCACCGGAGCACGGGCGCGUUGAGCAAGGCGUUAUCGAGGCGGUCGCACGUGCGCGCGGCGUUGGCGUCGAUAUCACACCCUACCUUGCCCCUGGCAGCACUGUACUGCAGGUUCUGCAAGAAGGUUGUCGCAGCCUCAACUACGACGUGCGCAAUACGGCGUUGUCUCUCUGCGUGUUGGGCGCGAAGAAGAUUCAAGCCGUGCAGCCAUGGCAGCUGCGCAAGGUGGAGGAGUAUCUCAUCUUUAACAUGCACCUCGGCGGCGAUGGCAACGCGCGCAAAGGACUGCUGGAAAUGAUGAGGAAGUGGGUACGCCGUCUCAUGGAGAGCUACACCAGCAAACCUCAGCAUAGGGCAUCGGCAGCGACUUCGGCGGGGUCCAAGAGGGCACAGCAGAAGAGUGAGUGGCAGGAGGACACCUUGGCGUCUGCCCAACACUCUCGUACAAGGUCCGCGGUGGCGGCUUCCGUCAGUGGGCCGGACUUGCAGCUGGAAUUGGGCACGACGGAAUACCGAAUAGCGGUGAUGGAUCACUGCAGGCGCCUCUCGAGCACCUUUGCCCAGAACAUAGGCAUGAACGCUCACGCAGGCGCCGGGCUUUCGGCGGAGCGGCGUGUCACGGCCAUGAUGGGGUACUGCAUUCUUCUCCAAGGGCUGCGCACACAUAUCGCUAGACACGAGCCUGUGGAGUGGGCUGUCGCCCCAGAACCGGUACGCGGCGGCGCCGCAUUGCCGCUGCUGCAUGCCUGUGUCGUGCCAUCUCUCCUUGCCACGUUGUCAGAUGGCUGGUCGCAAGCGCGUGAGAGCGCCAGAGAACUGCUGCGCGCCUUCUGCGAGUUGGCCCCAGCGUCAGUAUUUACGGCGACUAAUGGCGCCGACGGCGAUAGCGCCGUCUCUGCAUCCGCUAUGGCGGCGCGUGCUCACCAGGAUUUGCACCGCGCCCAGACGUUCCGCAACGCUGAGGGAGCUGUGGGGCGAUUUCUCAUCUUCUCCACGCUCACAGCAGAGGCACAGGGAGCCAUGAAGCAGCAUCCACUGGAGGAGCUUGAGCGUCUCAGUAAACUGGUGUGGCAAGAACGCAUGCUUGUGGAAAGCAAGUGUGCUGAGAUGAGCGCGAUGCGUGGUACCAAGGCAUACGCCUACAUUCAGGCAAACCCGCUUCAUGGCCCUCUCUCGUUAUGCGCGGAGCUGGUCAAUCUCAUGGCGUCUAUCGAGCGCCAAGCCGCCACGGCUUCCCCAUUGUCGCUGCUGACGCUGACGUGCACGGACCUCUUGCAGUGCUGCUGUCUUGUCCUGCGGACGUGCAGCUCAUUGGUGGGCACGGAGACAGUGGCGGCCGGCGCAACCGCGUCGUUGGGGGCAGACGAAGUCGUGGACUGCCGCGGCCAUGUCUACGACCGCAGUCGGCCCGAGGCGGAGUCUGUGAUGCGAGGAGUAGUGAACAACACCUGGCUCAGCAUGCGCGUCGCCGCAAGCUCCAUCACACGUGUCUUGAGGUUACGGCCAGUACACGCCAUGCCUUUUGCGGCUGUUCACGCGACCGCCUACGAGCUAGUGCAUGCUCUGCUCCUCACGAAGCACAACGGCGUGAUGCGGUCCGUCCGCGAAGCGCUGAAAGCCCUCGCCGCCACGUUGGUGCGCUCGCGCCAAGCGCUGUUUUACCAACUGCCGGCAGAGCUUCUGGACUACUUGAUGGGACCUGAGGGUGUUACCUCUGGAGAUGUGACCCGCAUGCUGCGGCGCAGUCAAGGGCUCCCCCACGCCAUCCUUGCAGUGCUCGAGGCGGAAGACACAACGGUGCCGUACUGCCUCUUUCCAUCAGCGAUGAGGCAACUUCUGUGCGUCGCGCGCGGCGACAUCGCCGGUGCAUCCACGCUGGGCAGCGCCGAGGCAGCGCUUCUCAGCGCUUCUGCAGAAACAGUGUGGCGUAGCCAGCGCUCCAACGCGCUUAACGUGAUGAAGUUCAUCUUCGAUAACAAAGUAUUUGCCGACCGCAUUGCAGCGUACAUUGAGGAGGCCUUCUCCCUGGCAACUGAAGGCCUCCACAAUUCCAGCUGGUACACGCGCAACAGCUCGCUUAUGCUCUUUUCCGCCGUCAUUCACCGUUUUGUCGGCGAGCACCCGUCGACCGGCGGGUCUGGCGUGAACACCUCGCUGCACGACGUCGCGAAGCGCAUGCCGCGCGGCAUCGCCUAUGCGUACGCGGAGCUGAUAAGAGGGAACAGAUUGGUCCAGGAAGCGAAGGGAAAGGACGGUGGCGGUGCAGCCGCUGCUGAGGUAAGCGUCGCUCUUUUCCCGGUGCUGCAACUUCUGUCGAUGCUCUCACCGGAUCCGCCGCACCUCAUUACCAAAAUCAGCCACGGCGAGUCGGACGACGCCGCCCGCAUGGCAGAGGCUGUAAUGCAGUGUGCCAACUCGCCGAGUUUGAUGGUUCGCUCCGCCAGCGCGGUUGCUCUGUGCUGCUUGGUGCCGCUCUCCUCUCUGGAGAAGACGAUUGAUCAGACUCGGCGUGGCUUGUCGCUAGAGCCACUGACGCCGCAUCACGCUCUCCCAGACUCCGCGAAUCACAGGGAUCCGCUCGAGCGGCAUGGGGGCGCAGCUGGCGGGGGUUUGAAUUCAUGCCAUGGCGCGGUUCUGCAGCUGCUACAGUUCCACUCUCAGUACGUCGGGACGCUGCGACGCCACUACCGACAGAAGCGCAGCAGCUACGCGACACUGAUGGUUGCCGAGACGGUCAGUCGCGCUGUUAGCGAGGUCCUUCUCUCCUGUCAGAGGGUGCUCAUCAAGGCCUGCGGGGUAAGCGCAACUAUAGCGGCUUCGCUCUUUUCCUUGCUGGCAGAUAUCGUCUUCUACGGCCCGCGACACACGCUAAGCCCGGACCGCCAACACGCACUGCGCAGCAUGUGCGUUGAGACUAUAAGCGCUUACCUGACGGCGAGCCAUGCCAUUUUGGAGCGCGGCAGCGUGAUGGAGGGUGCAAGUGCCAUACUCGUGUUCCUGGCUGCGCAGCGGGACACUUCUCCGAUCGGGCAUUGGACUGGGAUGGAGCAGGGUCGAUUGACUGAAUUGCUGCAAAGGGAAGCUGCCACCCUCAGCAUCCGGCGCGGCGAGCACAAUCUCAUUUCGUGGGUCAUGACGCAGCUUCAGCACUACUCUGAUGCGACCGAUGUUCUCACCAAGGCGGAUGUUGCGGUGGUGCUGCACGUGCUGGCACACGAUCUGCACUGUGACGUUCCACAACUAGCGCUGCAGUCAUUGACGGAGCUGUUUGGCGGCGCCACAAGCACCUCGUCGUCCACGACGAUGACGAUCGGAUGCACUUCGUGGUGGCAGCUCGCCUCGCACAUGCGUUUUGCUGCCUUGACCAUGUCGCUGUCGAGCGAGGCGGCCGGUGUGGCCGCAGCUCCGCUUCAUUCAUUUGACUGCUCUAUCCUUCGUGCAGGGCAACAAACUCCUGCUUCGAGAACAGCCUUGUCGAACGCAAACACCUCUGCCGUCAUUGCCUCUCCUGCGGUCACACAGUUGCACGCAGCGCUUGUCUCUCUCCUUACUCCGCCUGCCGAUGCUGACCACUCCGUGAUGGCCACUCCGCGGCACAACUCGGACGCUUGCAGUGCGGCGCUCGACUUCAUCACCACGUACGACAUGCUUGCUUCUGGCGCCAACGCUGUGUCUCCUGCAGUCGCGCAUCUCUUGUCAUACUAUUGCGAGCCGGAGCAUCCGCUGGAGUCUCGCUUGGCGGUGGUCAAAGCGCUGCGCACAGCAGAGUCUUUCUUGGACUGCAGCGUCGCAGCUGCGGCGUCGGCCCCGUCGACAUGUCCAGUGAGUGCUGUCACGCUCUUUUUGAUUCUGCUGCGCUUGCUCGUCGAUGACACGACCGAUAUUCGCGAAGCGGCUGCGACUAUCUGCUCUCGCAGCAUGUGGGGCCCACACAAGGCGCCCAGAGACCAGGUAUCUUGUCUCCUCGCGGUUGUGCGCCUUCUCCGUCGGCUGCACGACGCUGGCGUCUUGUCUGACGCCGACGCAAUCAGGUCCGUCAUGUUCCUCACAGACUCACCAACGACUGCAUCUGUUGUUACCGCGGCUGCGCCGGCGGAGGUGACUAGCGAUGGAGAGGAUGUCGCUGGUAGCGACGACGAGGAUGUCCUGUUUCAGAAGGAAGCGGCGAACAUGUUUGCCGAGAAGACAGUGUUGUCCCACCUUGCUGCGCACAUCUUGGGUGAUGCUACUAGUGGCGCUGCCACCAUGCCAGUCUGCUUCUCGGUGUAUGACAGCUUCCUGGUGUAG